AUGGAAGAUGAUCAAAACUGGUACAAAGCAGAACUUAAAGGACACGAGGGCUAUAUUCCUAAGAAUUAUAUAAAAGUAAAGCCCCACCCGUGGUACGCCGGUCGGAUCUCCAGGCAGGUAGCAGAGGAAAUGCUACUGAAAAAGAAAUUUCUAGGUGCCUUCCUGAUCCGUGAUAGUGAAAGUUCUCCUGGGGAAUUCUCCAUGUCCGUCAAGUAA